AUGACUACAGCCAUCGUGACUGGUACUGGACGGCGUUCUUCUAUACGGCAGCCAGAAUUGCAGACUGCGACGGUUGUUUCUACUUCACAAUCAAUGACUACUAGCCCGGUAGACAAGUUCCCGCAGUUCAAGGACGACCUAUACGAAACAACUGCACAGCCAAGAGAGCCCCAUUCUAAUUCUGCGAUUAAUUAUACACCAAGUGAUCGAUGGGAACCGCGGAAGAUAACUCACUUCUCCCCAGACUAUACAAACGGGACUAUCAGGCCUUCAAAGCAUAGGCCGAGAAAGAGCAUCAGCGAAGCUAUCAGCACCAUACGGACACGCAACGCCAGCGUGAGUGCUAACGCACAAGAAUUAGCCCAAGCCCUGCGGGCGCCAGUAUCAUAUAAGCUAAUAACUCUCUGUCUUAUUUGGUACACGACCUCCGCUCUGACUAACACAUCGUCGAAAUCCAUCCUCAAUGCACUUCCAAAACCAAUAACCCUUACAAUUGUGCAAUUUGCAUUUGUUUCGAUAUGGUGCUUGCUACUGUCAUAUCUCUCGAUGAUGCUACCCUGGCUCAGAAAUAGUAUACCAGCCCUCAAGAACGGUAUACAUUAUCCUUCACGCGAUAUCAUAAUGACUGCUCUACCUCUAGCAGUAUUUCAGCUAGCAGGUCAUAUACUAAGCUCCAUGGCCACUUCUCAAAUACCUGUUUCACUGGUUCAUACAAUCAAGGGGCUGUCGCCUCUGUUUACAGUCUUAGCAUACCGCGUGUUUUUUCGCAUCCGAUAUGCCAGUGCUACCUACCUAUCACUCGUUCCGUUGACUUUAGGUGUUAUGCUUGCUUGUUCGACUGGAUUUUCCACCAAUUUUUUUGGGAUAGGGUGCGCACUGGUUGCGGCUUUGGUCUUCGUCUCCCAAAACAUCUUCUCCAAGAAGCUGUUCAAUGAAGCAUCGCGCACGGAAUUGGACACACAGCUAGCUGGUCGACGGAAACUGGACAAGUUGAAUUUACUUUACUAUUGUUCCGGAUUAGCCUUCAUCCUGACACUGCCAAUAUGGGUUCUCUGCGAGGGUUAUCCUUUACUCGCAGAUGUAAUGCAGGACGGAUCUAUUUCCCUGUCAGGGAAGAAAGGCUCCUUGGAUCAUGGUCCACUGUUAUUUGAGUUCGUGUUUAACGGCGUCUCCCAUUUUGCACAGAACAUCUUAGCAUUCGUUCUAUUGUCCAUGAUAUCGCCGGUCUCCUAUUCAGUCGCAUCCUUGGUCAAAAGGGUAUUUGUCAUUGUCGUUGCGAUUGUAUGGUUUGGCAAUUCAACCACUGCUAUACAGGCAUUCGGUAUUGCCCUUACAUUUAUUGGGCUUUACCUCUACGAUCGGAACAGCCAUGACGAUCUAGCGGACCAAAGGGCGAACGCCGACCACUUUCGCGUGAAGGAAAGUGUACUUCCCUUAAACAUCCGGAAUACAGCAAAAACAUGGGAAUCACACGGCUAUGUUUUUCCUCCCGGGAAGAAUAUUGAACGCCAAUUUUCGGAUGACACCCUCUCUCAUCCAAAUAACCCAAAGAAGGAAGACGAUGCACUCGGCCGCGUUCGCCCCAGGGGAAGUAGUAAUGCAAGGGUAUGGUUACCACCUGGCACGAGGCAAGAGACGACUUGGCAGUUAAAAGGCUCUUAG